GCAAAGUACUAGAUUCUCCAAACAAUGAAUUCAGGACUGACAUGAUUCGUGUCUUCAUUUUCUCCGAUACCCACUCCCACCCCGCCCAGAUGAAUUGAUGUGAGGAGAUGCUCAUGUUUUGUAAUAUGUGGGAGUAGGUACCUCCACUUUCUUAGAUCGCAUAGAACUUGCUUGUCGAGCUUGUAGCCGGUGAAUGAAUCAUAUUAGAAUAAAAGUAGCAGAUCAUUGAAAUUGAAAUUGAAAAAUUUGCUUACUUAAUCAUCAUUUGACAUCAUAGAAUCAGAGUUAAUGGCAUCAAAGCUCGAUAUCCUUGCCCGAUAUGCGGGUGGAGGUCCAUCCUCGAAACACGACGAUGGGAAGCAGAAGAAGAAGCGAAAGCGCGAGGAGAAGUCCAUGAUCACGCUGCGCGAAGAGGACGCUGGUUGGGGCAGGGUGAAGAAAAAGAAGACCGAACGUUUGGAACAAGAGCUAGAGCGUGGAGAUGUGCAAAUAGUGGACAGUGGAGAGCUAAAGACAGCACAGCAACGUUUCAACGAUCAAGCCGCAGUCCAAAGUGUACAUCUUGGUAGUACUAGUCGUGCGUCGGCUUCUUCAUCAGCUGCAACCUCCAAAGGGAACAAGUUUAGUUUUGCAGCAGGUCGUGCAAGGGCAACGGAUGCACGUGCAGUCAAAACGAAAACACGCAAUUCUAGCGAUAGUGAUAUGAGUGUCCCACGGGAGCGAGAAGCAAAUAAGCAAGUCGGAGGCUCAUCUUCAAAGGGGAAGCUAACAGCAAAUGGUGGAUCAAAGUCGGAUAGCGACAUGAGUCUCCCUCGUGAGCGACCAACUGAGGGAAGAGGAGCGACAGUAUCAAAUAUAGAUGCGAACUCUGACAGCGACAUGAGCUUGCCGCGCGAAAGAGGUCGGACGAGGACUAAAGAGAAAGACGAGCCGAAAGGAGGCGCAGGACCGGAUAGCGACAUGAGUCUUCCACGAGAACGGCCUGCAGCAGCACACUCGGGCAAUAAGGCUGGAAGCGGUGUGAAGCCAUCGGGUGCCAAUCAAUCCGACAGCGACAUGAGUCUUCCUCGCGAGCGCGCGGUGGCGAAAAUGCCUGCUGCUGCUGCUGCUGUCGAGGACUCGGGCAGCGAUGUUAGCCUCCCGCGAGAACGAGGUCCAGCGGCGGCCAAUUCUGGAGAUAAGAAUGCAGGGAAAGUUAUGGCAGGAGGCGGGGAUGACACCUCAGACAGUGACAUGAGCCUUCCACGGGAAAGACAAGCUUCAGCAGCAUCAGGAGUUGUAGAAGCCAAAAAACCUGCGGCUGCCGCAGAGAAACAUCGAGCGGACGACAUCAACGAGGAUGGUCUAAUUACAGACAUGAAUAUUACCAUCGGAAACGCGGCGUUGGUAGAGCAAGACGACGGUGAGGAAAAAUUUUCGAGUGGAGCUCGUGCUGGAAUCAUGACCCUCGAAGAAAUCCAAGCCGCUAAUGCGGAACGGGAACGAAAGAAGCAGAUCGAGCUCGCGCGAGCCGCCGAAUUGAAGGCUGAAAAUCAACAAACGACAGUCUACCGUAACGCAGAGGGUAAAAUUGUUUCCGCGGAGCAGUACAAAAAAGAGCAGGAAAAGAAGAGGCGCAAGCAGUACGCGCGCCAAGAUGCUUCAAAAUGGGGCAAAGGCCUUGAACAGGAACGAGCAGCAGCGCAGCGCAGAGAAUAUGAAGAACGCGUGGUUCGUGAAGAGGGGUUUGCGAGGCACGAGAUCGACAAAGAACAACAAGAAAUCAACCGACAACGGGAACGUUGGGACGAUCCCUUAUCUGGGGUCGGAGAUUUAACAGGUGGCGUAGCAAAUGGGCAUGGUGGAGGGAACAAACAAGACGCUCCUAGUGUUCCAGGCUCUAGUUCUUCAUCUUCAACACUUGCGGUGCCAACGAAAAAAGGCGCGAAUAAGCCAAAAUGUCCCCACGCGAUGCCGACGAAUAGGUUCAACAUUCCUCCCGGAUAUCGGUGGGAUGGCAAAAUUAGGGGAAUGGGUUUUGAAGAACGAGUCCUGCGGUCGAUGAAUGACCGACAAGCACUACAGGCAAAAAAAGACCUAUUCGAACGCCAGUACUGGUAGUUUCAUCAAUUGUCACUGUUCUACUGUGGCCUCUUCUGAAGCGGACUAAGUAAGAAGUCAAAAAAAUGAAUCAUUUUGAUUUUUGCCGGACCCACCCUCUUUGGUCGAGUUCCGGCCUCUUCAGUAGAUGAUUGAUCUCGCUGUUCCAAUAUUUGGGAAGGCCGAACGAUAAGCGACAUUUCCGUUAUACCAUAGAGAUAGACAUGAGAGCGAUGGACGUCGCGAGUGACUACAUGGAAAUGCAAAGACGAGAGUAGCCUUUCCUACAUUUAAGAUUCAUAUUAAAGACGCAAGUAAGGAUGCUAUAAUUUUUGCGUCGUGUCUAUAUCUUCAAGCUAGUACACCUACACAAAUAAGAGGAAGUGUUCAAACGCGAUGUCGUCUUUUUUCUGCUUGAAGAGGGACUCGCCUCGUUAUGGCUCACACCAAGCCUCUCGAGUUGCAUUUUUACGUCGCAAUAUAUAUUCAAAACGAGAAAAAUCGCCUUCAUCAUGGCGUCUUUACAGUAUAUUCAUUCUUUGAUAUUGAUGUUCUUGAGAUUAAUAAUUUUGAAGACGAGAGACAACGAGCUGCGUGUGACGAGAGAAAUCUUCUAAACUACGUCGCUUGGUGAUUGAUUAGUUUGCUGCGUGUCGACGAGACGUUCGUAGCAGAAGUGUUCUUUCCACAUUUCUUGACGAGGAUAGCUGUCCGUUACAUUAUAUCGCUGUCUGUUACAUUUUUUAGAAUCAGCCGGAAAAACCGGCAU